GACCAGUUUUCUGCGCACCAGGUCGCAUGCAAAGAUGUGACCAUGUUGACUAAUUGGAUGGACUGAUAUCACUCGUUCGCCCUGCUUCAGCAACACUCAAUCCGCCGUUAACCAAUGCGAACCGCUGUCACUGAUAAUAUUUCCGACCCCACGUUGCUUUUUCCUACGUAGUUGCCUAGCCCUUACAUAUGUACCAUGCUUCAUCAUGUCAUUUCUCGGUCGGAUUCUUUUGGAUUUAACGAAGUUAUCUCUUCCUCCCAGAACACCAUAACCUCCUGCCGUAUCUGCUACUAAAAUGAAGUUCGGACGAGAUUUCCAUGUUCACCAGGUUCCUGCCUGGACUGCAGAGUAUAUUGAUUAUAACGGCGUAAAGGAAUGGAUAAAGUCGAGUAACCCCGAAGACAGGGUGCUCACGGCUGCCACCUUAGGGCUGCCUCACGUCGAAAAUUUCCUCUCGAAGCAGCUUGACGUCGCAUCCAAGUGGGCGAAAGAUAUUACGAAUCGAUUCGGUAUCGACACUACCUCACCUCAUUAUCCUAUACCGGCCGAUGUCAGCAGAGUAGAGUUCCUUGAUCUCAAACAGUCCCUCCUCGAACAUUCCGCGUUUGUCGCACAGCUCGACUCUUUCUCGAAAGUAAACCGUGACGCGAUUCGUCGACUUCUCGGGAAACCAGGCGUCAAAGAUACAGUUGCACAGUUGAAAAAUGAGGGAAAAUUGCUUUAUAGUCAGCCAUGGUUGUCCAUACUGGCGAGCACAAACGUCCUAUUGAAAGAGGUUGAAGCUGCCAUAGCCCUUGCAUCUAACACCCCAGGAAACAGUUCCGUCCUUCUAAACACAUUUUGGCCCCAGACGGGGGGCUCCAUAAAGGGAGUGUUACGAGGAAUCGCCUCAGAUGACGUCGGUAGUAUAGAGCCCGUGUAUUCCCUCCUAGCAACUGCGCCCCAGGGGCAAGCAUUCCGCAAUGCUUUGCUCCAAGUGGCAAUCCUGCAUAACUCGCGGAAUAGCGUAAGAUCUCUAUUGAACCUGGACUUGUCGGGGGAGAGCCCGCACGGAGAUUAUAUCCACUACUUUCUUGCCCACUGGGGUCGUACAUUGAAUUCAGGAGCAAAUCAUUCCGAUUUUACUGGAUUGCUAGACGCCGUCAUCCCCGAAAGCUCGGCUGCCCGCCCACUUCUUGUCACCAAAGAUUCACGUGGUCGUACUCCUCUUCAUUACGCAGCAGCCCUAGGCCUAUCAAAUGUCUGCUCUCGCAUACUGGCCCAAAUAGACAGCAAGUAUUCUCUAGAGCCGGAUGAUGCUGGGGAUACUCCAUUACUUCUGGCUGUGUCCUCUGGUCACGCCGACGUCGUGCAACUCUUCAUAUCAACUUUAGAUGGACAGGCUAGCGGAGAAGCAAUAGGUCAGUCACUGGUAGUCGCAAUAGAAUCGGGGCAUUCCGAUGUCGCAAAGAUCCUCGUCCGCACCAAACGAGGUCUUGAUUACCCUGGGAAAUAUAAUCAAACCCCAUUGUACGUAGCAGCUCGGAGAGGGAAUAUCGAUGUCGUGGAACAGUUGUUGGAUGCAUCCGCAAACCCCAGCUUCAAGGAAACAUCUCAUUUGUGGACACCUCUGAUCGUCUCCGCUGUACAAGGCCACCUUUCAGUCGCUCAGAAAUUGGCUAGCUCUGGUGUUUUGACACUUGAUAAGCGAGGAUGGUCAGCCCUUGAUCACGCAGCUUAUAGAGGAUACCCAAAGAUCGUCAACGCUCUGGCAGAUUAUGAUACUGGCUUAGCCAGCAAAGACAGCAAUGUGUCGCAAAAGGGAGCAGGCGCGGAAGUUAACAAAGUUCCUACCAGAUUUCCAAUUACGGGUGUUCUAUCAGAUGAGCUAUCAACAAGUCACUUAUUCGUCAACCUCGGUUCUUUCGAUUUAUAUAAGACUGGACCAGUCAUCAACAUAGAGCCCUACAUCAAGAGUAUAUCCCCCAAACAAUUACCCAAAAACAACUUAGACCUAUACGUCUCGGCCGCCGGUUCCUCCGAAGAGUACAGAGUCGAACUGCCAAUAUUAGAGGAUCUUUCAAACUUACCAUGGCAUUUCCCCGUUUCGCGAGCAGACGAUGCCAAGGUGGUAUUCAAGAUCACGGAGCACAGUCCCGCUGAAGAAAUCAAGGGGCCACUUCUUUUCAUAGGAAUCGCGUUAUUGGAUAACUUACAGAAAGGGUUGGGAGCUAACCGUGAAACCGUCGCUCGAGAUUACACGAUACCCCUUAUCACUCCGAGCGGCGACUAUGCCGGCGAUUUGACUUUCAACUUUUUACUAUCACAUCCUAUUGCCUCAAGUCCGACUCUACCGCCGCCCCAAUCCAUGAAACCGCUACAGCCAACACAAGUUGGAGCACAUCGAGGACUGGGACAGAACCUCAAGCAGAAGAACCACCUACAGAUUGGUGAAAACACACUAGAGUCGUUCGAUGCCGCCGUGAAACUAGGAGCGGCAUUUAUUGAGGUAAGUCUGUUCGAUGUUCAAGUAACGAAAGACUUCGUGCCAGUAAUCUACCACGACUUCCUUGUGAGCGAGACGGGUACCGAUGCGCAGAUGCACAUGCUUUCCUAUUCUCAGUUCAUGGUAUUAAGCGACGCCCAAGCCGCUCAAUACAAUGAUCCUCCCCGUCGACUCCCAUGGGACGAACGUGACAGACCGCACACACCUCAACGCCGACGCGCACAAUCCCUCAGCGCGCCCCCAGAAGCCGGCACGCAAGCACUCUUCGAGCGUAUCAAGCACACAUUCGAGUUCUCCAACUCGGGUAUGAAGGGAAACACGCGCUGGGAUCACAUCCACAGCUCUUUCCUAACGCUGAAGCAAAUGCUAACCGAGAUCCCGGAAUCCGUUCCAUUUGACAUUGAACUCAAAUACCCAAUGCUCUUCGAAACCGACGACUGGAAAAUGGAGCCCUUCGCCAUGGAACUCAACAAAUUCCUCGACACGAUCCUAACCGUGCUCUUCCAAUACGGACGUCAACGCAGUAUCUUCAUAACAUCCUUCAGCCCCGAACUCUGCAUCAUGCUCUCCACGAAGCAAAAAGUGUAUCCAAUCCUCUUCCUCAACGACUCCUCCAAUUGGCCCACGGGCGAUCCGCGUGCCUUAAGCCUGCAGAGCGCGGUACACUUCGCACGCCGGUGGGGAUUGGGCGGCGUGGUUAUGGCUUCGGAGCCGUAUGUCUCGUCGCCGAAGCUGGUUAAGUGGACAAGAGACCAGGGAUUGUUUUGUGCGACGUAUGGUGCGCAGAAUGAUGAUCCAAAAUUCGCUAAGAUCCAAGCUGACGCAGGCAUUGACGCUGUGAUCGUCAACAAUGUCCACCUCAUCUCUAAGACGCUAGAGGAGUCCCGUCAGGUCGGUCAUUAGGUUGAUCCAAGUCUUAAAGGGAUUGCUUAAUGAUAAAUGGAUCCACUAAUCUCAUCAUGACCACGUUCUUUUCCCCUGUUCAAGAUUCUAUCAGCAGCAAAUGCGAAAUUGGUCCAUCAACUCAAUGGGAUAUCAUUCAUGUCGGCUCGUUUGCUCUUCUUAGGUAGCUCCUUUUAACAAUGACUAGUUUGCUAAUAUGAUUAAUCACAACCCCAUCAAUAAACGUAUAAUUAUCGCAA